GAGUACGUCCGUGAUAACGCCGCGAAGCGAUAACGACAUUGCACGUGUUUGAGGUUAUGUUAUGUUUUGGAAAAAGGUUUUCGCGAAUCCGAAACGCAAUAAUUCCGUCGCGUUCACCGCCGCCGCGGCCCAAAAUCCGGGAUUCGCGUCGACAUCGUCACUGUGCCGUACUCGUCGCCCUUUUCGCCUCGACCGCCAGGACAUGGAUUCGAAGAGCCUGAAGGAUCGACCGCUGUUCGCUGUCGUAGGGUGCACGGGCACGGGCAAGACGAAGCUCGGUGUGAGGCUAGCCCAGGAGCUGGGCGGCGAAGUCGUGUCGGCCGAUUCCAUCCAAGUCUACAAAGGUCUUGAUGUAGCCACCAACAAGGCUACCGACGAAGAGAUGGACGGUGUCCCUCACCACAUGAUGGGCACUGUGGAUUGGCGUGACGAAUGUAACGUACACCAGUACAGGAACGAAGCUCUAAAAAUCAUACAAGAUAUAUACUCUAGGGGAAAAGUUCCGGUGGUGGUGGGGGGCACGUCGUACUACAUCGAGUCGAUCAUCUACGACAACCACCUGGUGCAGGGGUCCGCCGCCGGGGAACCGGAUCCGGAUCCGGCGGACGACGACGACGAGCAGGACGAUGAUGAGCAGGACGAUGACGGCGAUGACUUGUCUGCUGACGCUUUCCGCGAGUACUCCGGGUUCCGGAACGUCAACGACGUGCCGAUUGCCGUCACGGCGGCCGGCGCCGGCCGCAUGUAUGUAGACGCAUUGGCUGAGGCGGUGAGGUUCGCGCAGACCAUGACGGCCAUCGGGCGGCUGCCGGUCAGGCGGUACAGGAACACGUUCGUCGGUGUGGAUAACGUGGUCGACCCGCGGAUGGCGGAGCCGUGGCCGCCGACGGUGGCCGAAUGCGAGACAGCCGCUUUGUACGCCCACGGCGUCCGCGUGCUGGGUGGCGUGGCCGAGGCGGUCGGCCGGACUGACGGUGCACCGGACGUCCAGUACGAGGUGACGGCCGCGGACAUAACGGUUGGCCACCGCGAACGGUAUGGGUUAGCCGAUGUCCAAUCCAGGCUGGACGAUCUGCUGACGCUGGUGAAAAAUGUGGACAUCCCCGUGAACGAGGCGGCGGCCGCCGAAGUGGACGCGAACGUCCGGACGGCCCUGUGCCGGGUGCAUGCGGAGUUGCAGAUGCGGACGCAGCGGCUGGCCCUGGCUUUGUUGGCCGACCACGAACGGACGGCUGUGGACCUACUAACGCCGGCAGCUCUCAAGGCGCACGCCGCGUACUUCGAUCCGGUGGCCGCCAGUGCGCUCCAUCCGCACAACACUCGUAAGGUGUUUAGGACUAUACAGAUCUACCUGGUUCGGGGCAAGCAAAAGAGCAAGCUGUUUGAGGAGCAGAGAACCCGGGUGAGCGGGUCCGAUGUACCAGUGGUUGCUUUGCGGUUCAAAGAAGUGCACAUGAUGUGGCUGACAUGCGACGUGGACGUAUUGAACAAACGGCUUGAAGAACGCACCGACGAGAUGGUCGAACGUGGAUUGGUCGACGAGCUUAGUCAGUUCAAAAGAGAACUUUCCAAAAUGACCGGUACACACAACUUCGAUUUGGACUUUACGAAGGGCGUGUUGCAGUGCAUCGGUCUGAAACAGUUCCAGCAGUACCUGGAGUUGCCGGUCGACGGUCGUGACACCGAGGCUGGCCGCAAGUGUCUGGAGGACGCGCUGGUCGCCAUGAAGUACAUGACCAAAAAGUACGCCAGACGGCAGAUCCGGUGGAUCAACAACCGUUUCCUCAAGCCCAGCGACAAGCAGGCCGUCUCUGUGUACCGACUGGACUGUACCGACCUCGGGGAGUGGCAGCGGCUGAGCGACCGGGCGGUGGACUUGGCGCAGGUCGUGCUGGGCCGGAAACCUCGCGGUCAACACACGCUGGAGCCGAUCGACGUCAGCGACCAGAAAACCGUUUUGCCCGUCUACGGCGACUAUUAUUGCGACGACUGUUCCAGACUGUUUUCCAAUGAUAUACAAUACAACAUCCAUAUGGGUUCAAAGAAACAUGUUAAAGUGAUGAUGAAACGUAAACGAAAACUUCAGGAUACAACAUUACACUGUGACAGUGACAGUGAGAAAAAAGUCUACUCUCAUAAGAAAACAUAAGUUAACACUAUUAAAUUGUUACCCAUUAGUUGUAUUUUAAUGACAUUAUAACCCAAACAUUUAAUUUAUAUAUGGUUAAUAUUGUGAAAUAAUAAAUAGAGCUGAAAUAAAGUCUGACUUUUGGGUUUGAGAAAUCUCUCGAGUAUGUAAACACAGGGUUGUUGUUGAAAUAUUUGUCUUAUAAUGUUAAUGCAUAAGAUCAAGACUGAUUAUAGAUUUUAGUUAAAUAAACAAGUCAUUUUGUAAUGUUUUGUUAUACCUAUUUUAUCAAUUGUUUAAUAUUGUUAUUAUUGUUACUAUUAUCUUAAUAAUAGAUGAAUUAUAAAAUUUAGAUAUUGUAAACAUUUCUAAUUGUUUUUAUGUUCCUAAAUCUUAUUUAAGAAUGUAUCGAAUCUAGGAAUAUAUUAUAACAUUGUUAUCGAGAAACUAUACACAGGGGCAAACUGGCCAGGCUUGACAAUGAGAGAUUUCACAUUGAUCUGGCCUAGUAAAUAUUUACAACUAACUAUAAAAAACUGAUUAAAAAAAAAUAAAAAUGUAUUGGCCUGCUUAAAAAAUGUUGUCUCCGUCCAUCCCUGUGGUCACUUUAUUCUGUUUUCUAAUGGAAUAAACAUGUUGUACAUUUUAUUGGGUAUCUAAUAUCAAAAUCAAUAAAAUAAUCUUGUUUAUAAAAAUGCAUCCACUUACGAGAGUGUUUUAUUUUCAAUAUUUUAAGUGUUAGAAAUUAUACCUGUAAAGAUAGAAAAUGCAUCAUAAUUAUUUAUACUAUUAAUGUAUUAUUAAGAUAACUGUAUUUUUGUUGAUAGGCCUACAAUUAAGAUACUUUAUCAAUUAUUAUUGUUGUACCCGACUAUAAUUUAUAAUAUUGUAUUAAGUUCUAACUAAACAUUUUUAAACAUUACUCACAUUGAUACUUGAAUGGUGAGAGUUUAAAACCAUUGAGCAACUGAAAUUACCAAUUUUUCACAAUUAUAAUAUUAAGUUUGUUAAA